AUGGAAGAGGUGCAAGGGGAGGAAGUGGUGGAAGAGGUGCACGUGGUAGCCAAGAUGGAAGUAGUGGAAGAGGAGGUGGUGGUGGAGGAACCGGAGGAAGUGGUGGUCAGAGUGGUAAUGGUGGAAAGGGAGAGAAAGGGGGACAAGGAAGUGAUGGAAGAAGAGGAGGUAGUGGAAGAGAAGGACGUGGUGGAAGGGGAGGAAGUGGUGGAGGGGGGAGUGGAAGUUGUGGAAGAGGUGCACGUGGUGGCCAAGAUGGAAGUAGUGGAAGAGGAGGAGGUGGUGGAGGAGGAGGUGGAGGAAGUGGUGGUCGGAGCGGUAACGGUGGAAGAGGAGGAAGUGGAGGAGGAGGGCAGAAUGAAAGAGGAGGAACUGAUACAAAUCUCUAAUUUCCUAUAG